CGGGCUGGGGCCGGGCGCACGUCGAGGGCUUUGGCCGACGCGGCAGAGCACAGCCGCCCCACCGGCUUUGGGCCCAGGAUCCAGGCGUCUGGACACAGGUCGAGCUGUCGGCAGGGCAGAGCCACAGGGCCUACAAAGAUGCUGGCUGUCCCGGAGAUGGGCCUGCAGGGGCUGUACAGCGGCUCUAGCCCAGAGCGGACUCCAGUGCCCAGCCCACCCGGCUCCCCAAGGACCCAGGAAAGCUGUGGCAUUGCCCCCCUCACACCCUCACAGUCUCCAAAGCCUGAGGCCCGAGCCCCCCAGCAGGCCCUCUUCUCCGUGGUAGUGGCCAUCGACUUCGGCACCACAUCCAGUGGCUAUGCCUUCAGCUUUGCCAGUGACCCUGAGGCCAUCCACAUGAUGAGGAAAUGGGAGGGUGGGGACCCAGGUGUGGCCCACCAGAAGACUCCCACCUGCCUGCUGCUGACCCCAGAGGGUGCCUUUCACAGUUUUGGCUAUACAGCCCGUGAUUACUACCACGAUCUGGACCCUGAGGAGGCUCGUGACUGGCUCUACUUUGAGAAGUUCAAGAUGAAGAUCCACAGUGCCACUGAUCUCACCUUGAAGACCCAGCUAGAAGCAGUAAAUGGAAAGAAAAUGCCUGCCCUGGAGGUGUUCGCCCAUGCCUUGCGCUUCUUCAAGGAGCAUGCCCUUCAGGAGCUGAGGGACCAGUGCCCAUCGCUGCCAGAGAAGGACACUGUGCGCUGGGUGCUGACAGUGCCGGCCAUCUGGAAACAGCCAGCUAAGCAGUUCAUGCGAGAGGCUGCCUACUUGGCCGGACUGGUGUCGAGAGAGGAUGCGGAGCAAUUACUCAUCGCCCUGGAGCCUGAGGCCGCCUCUGUCUACUGCCGAAAGCUGCGUCUGCACCAGCUCGUGGACCUGAGCAGCCGAGCUCCAGGCAGUGGGCGCCUGGGCGAGCGCCGCUCCAUUGAUUCCAGCUUCCGUCAGGCCCGAGAGCAGCUUCGAAGGUCCCGCCACAGCCGCACGUUCCUGGUGGAAUCGGGUGUCGGAGAACUGUGGGCUGAGAUGCAAGCAGGAGACCGCUACGUGGUGGCAGACUGCGGGGGAGGCACGGUGGACCUUACCGUGCACCAGUUGGAGCAGCCCCAUGGCACCCUCAAGGAGCUCUACAAGGCAUCUGGCGGCCCCUGUGGCGCGGUGGGUGUGGACCUGGCCUUCGAGCAGCUGCUGGGCCGCAUCUUCGGCGAGGACUUCAUCGCCACCUUCAAAAGGCAACGCCCGGCAGCCUGGGUGGAUCUGACUAUAGCCUUCGAAGCCCGCAAACGCACCGCAGGCCCACACCGUGCGGGGGCGCUCAACAUCUCGCUGCCCUUCUCGUUUAUUGACUUCUACCGCAAGCAACGAGGCCACAACGUGGAGACAGCCCUGCGCAGGAGCAGCGUGAACUUCGUGAAGUGGUCCUCACAGGGGAUGCUCAGGAUGUCUUGUGAGGCCAUGAACGACCUCUUUCAGCCCACGGUCAGCGGGAUCAUCCAGCACAUAGAGGCACUGCUGGCGCGCCCCGAGGUGCAGGGCGUGAAACUGCUGUUCCUGGUGGGCGGCUUCGCAGAGUCGGCUGUGCUGCAGCACGCGGUGCAGGCAGCACUGGGCGCCCGCGGCCUCCGCGUGGUGGUUCCGCACGACGUGGGCCUCACCAUCCUAAAGGGCGCGGUGCUCUUCGGGCAGGCUCCGGGCGUGGUUCGGGUGCGCCGCUCGCCGCUCACUUACGGCGUGGGUGUGCUCAACCGCUUUGUGGCUGGGCGCCACCCGCCCGACAAGCUGCUGGUUCGCGACGGCCGCCGCUGGUGCACCGACGUGUUUGAGCGCUUCGUGGCCGCUGAGCAGUCGGUGGCCCUGGGCGAGGAGGUGCUGCGCAGCUACUGCCCGGCGCGCCCAGGCCAGCGGCGCGUGCUCAUCAACCUGUACUGCUGCGCCGCCGAGGACGCGCGCUUCAUCACCGACCCAGGCGUGCGAAAGUGCGGCGCGCUCAGUCUAGAGCUCGAGCCCACCGAGGGAGGCCCCCAUGCCACCGGUGUGCCCCCUAGCCGCCGCGAGAUCCGCACUGCCAUGCAGUUUGGCGACACCGAGAUUAAGGUCACUGCCGUCGACGUCAGCACCAAUCGCUCUGUGCGCGCCGCCAUCGACUUUCUUUCCAAUUGAGGGCGCAGUGCCAGCCCCCCUCAGCCCUGCUGAACUCUGUUUUGGCCCAGGGCCUGGGGAGCGGGCUGAGGCGGACCAACUGGCCCCAUUCCCCGCCAUCCUGCCCCAGGAGGUGAGGUCGCAGGAGGAUGGGUGGGGACAUAUCCAGAAACUCUGGCUUUGGGAUUGGGCCCCGGUCUGCUGACUGGAAGGCUGAAGGGCCCUGCCAAGGACUGAGGUCAAGGAGACUUAAGAGGUUUGUAAGACGGCGUGCCUACAGAGAGCAUGUGAUCCUGAAAGCAGAAUGCAUGGGAAGACUUGAGCCCUGGUCUGAACUGGGGUCUGGGAUGGGAGUGGGGGGAGUGGGGGUGCAGCUGCAGGUGGGGCAGCAAGAGGAAGGAGGUUGUACAGGGCCUGGGCCUGAAGGGCAGAGUGCACUGACUGACUGGCUCAGCCUGUUUAGGGAGCCAGAUGGGACAAGGACUGGAAGCUGACAGGAAAGGGACAGGGGUAGUAAGACCUUCCUGGGUGUGGUAACUGACCACCCAAGUAUGAAUGUUAAUUGUAGAAAGAGCAGUAGCAGACUAUGAGGAGAAGGGUGCAGGGCGAGGCACUUAUGAGGGGGAUGUGGGGGCACAUGUUGUGGGGGGCGGCCUUUCCUUUCUGAGAAGGCCCCAGGGGCAGCCUAUGAAUGACCCACUUGCACUCCAUCGAGCCACGGAGUGGAGGGAGGGUAGGGAAGACAGACGAAGCACUGGUCCCAGCUCUGCCAUCAACUCAGUGUACCUGCCCUCCCCUGAUGUACAACAGCCCCACCUGCUUGAGAACCCUAAGGUGACAAUAAAGCAUUUAUGCUCAAGGUGAAGCUAUAGCCUCAUGGUACCUCACAAGAGGGGACCCUAAUAGUGUAGUGGAGAGGGGCUGGGAUCUGCAAAGGAAGGUUUUCAGCUGUGCCUGGGGCUGGGAACUGACCAGAAGGGGGUGCUGCUGUCUCUGGGUCAAGCCUCCCACACUGAAUGCCCCAUUCCACAAGACCUCUCUCUGACCUGGGCAGAAGGCCCCUUCCCAUCCAAACUCGAACUGUUUUGGCAACUAUUCCCAGGCCUAAAAUGUCACCCCCUGUGC